AUGACGCGCGCCCAGCAGACCCUCUCGGUGCUCCUGCUCGUCUCUUCCCUCUACAUGGUCUUAUACGUGGGCCUCGUCCCCUUGAACGAAACAGUCCAGAAAGAAGUCAUCCCUGUGCUUCCAUUCUACGCACUGAUAUCUUUCGGAUGCUAUUUGCUGGGUCGGUUGGGACUAGCCAUCCUGACCUUCAAUGACGUCCCGGAGGCCCACAAGGAGCUGCAAAAGGAGAUUGAGCAAGCCAAAGCCGAAUUGCGCACACAAAAUGUCGACGUCGAUUAG